AUGGACACCCCGGGGAGCCGCCUGAGCGGGGGGCGCCGGGCCCUGCUGCUGCUGCUGCUGCUGGGCCUGGCCAUGCCCGCGCCGGCCGCCGCCCAGGCCACCGGGGCCGCCCAGGCCGCCCGGGCCGUGAGCUACCAGGAGGCCGUGCGCCUGGCCGUGCUGGGCUUCAACCAGCGCUCCCGGGAGCCCCGCCUCUACCGCCUGGUGCGGCUGGACCCGCCGCCGCCGCCCGACGACCUGAGCCCCGAGGCCCGGAGGCCGGUGAGCUUGACCCUGCAGGAGACCGUGUGCCCCAGGGCAACGCGGCGGCCCCCUGAGGAGUGCGACUUCAGGGAGGAGGGGCUGCUGAAGGAGUGCGCGGGCUCCGUCAUCCUGGACCCGGACUACGGCUACUUUGACGUCACCUGCGAGGAGAUCAAGAGCGUCCAGCUGGACGGCCUGGUCCAGAAAGGCCGGGAGAAGCUGGGCCGGCUGCGUGAGCUCUUCAGGAAAGGCGGGGAGAAGCUGGGCCGGCUGCUCCAGAAAGGCGGGCGGAAGCUGGGCGAGAUCGGCCAGAGGGUCAGGGACUUCUUCAGCAACCUGCGGCCGCGGGAGGAGGGCCCGCAGCCCCGGGGGGACGCCCCGCCCCCCGAGGGGGGCCCGCAGCCCCCCGAGGAGGACUCUCAGCCCGAGGAAGAGUCCUGA